AAACCCCUCCGCUGCUCACUUUAGCAGCAGCCUUUAACACAGUCCGGCCUGAUUUCUGAGCAUUCGCAUUCGAGGCAACACAGGAUACAGGCUCGCUGACUCAAUCCUAUCUCAAACUGGAGACAGAGUAAGGAAACAGAAUGUCAGGAAAGGAAGCACCGGACCAGUAGGAAAGCACAAUUUGCUCCAAGUGUACAGAGUUUCUUUUUUUUUCAUUCUUGUAUCCCACACUAGCAGGUCUGAGACAGAAGUUUAGAUUUAGAUCACAGCUAGAGAGAAACCGAGCACUUCUUCAGGAACACAAAGGUUGGAGGAUUUUGUUAAACAGUACAAACUCCUCUUGGAUAAAACCCCCAAGAUCUGGACUUUCAGGCUGAGAGGACAUAAAUCAGAAGGAAAUUCUUGAAAUUCCCUCCAUCUGCUGCCACCAUCAGCCCGCCGGAGCCCAGAUCAUCAGGCUUAGCUCACGGAAAGACCCUGGAGAGAAGAUGAGUCUGUCACGAAAUGGGACACUGGAGAAGAUGGUGUCUGAUCGGGCCCUCUCUGAGGCUCGCACCACCUCCAGAGCGGGGUCAGGGGUCGUGGUGCCCCCUCCCUACUCGCUGGGUGGCAGCGAGGCCACAGACUCGCCCCUGGAGCUGCGGGGGUCCCUGGACUGCUGGGCCUGCUCUGUGCUGGUCACCGUGCAGAACCUGGUCAUCGCCUUGAUCAACGGUUCACUGGCCAGCAUCAUUUUCGGCAUCAUCCUCACCCCUGCUCUCACCAUGAUCAUCUUCGGCUUUCUCUGCCACUCCACGGUGCAGCCCAGCGGAACGUCCCUGUACUGCUCAGACUUGCUGGACGACACCGGCUGCGUGGCUCUGCUGGUUGUGGGGUUUCUGCUGCUCACCCCUCUGCUGGUCCUGGCCCUCGCCGCCUACUGCCGCCUGGCCCGCCACCUCCAGCUGGGCAUGUGCUUCAUCCCGUACAGCAGGGCCGUCUACAAGAACCUCCCCACCUCGCGCCAGAGGGGCCCCGGCGCCGCGGGCUGCUGUGGCCAACAGGGAGGGAAGGAGGGGGAUGGGAAGGGAAGUGUCUGGGUGUAGCGGAGGAGGGGAAGGACUGUACAUGGUUGUAAUAAGUAGUCUAGCUCCUUUUGGAAAACAAAUCCGCAGUGUAUUUCUUUGCAAAGGCUUUUUAUCAAAAUCAAUCCUAUUUCCUAUUUUCUAAUGAUUGUUUGUAAUUGUUAAACGACAGUAGUUUGUGUGAUCAGUGUUGGACAUUGUUUGUAGUCUCAAUGUAUUGAAUGUAUUUUAUACCUUUUUAUAAUAAAGUGACAUUUUACCAGUAAAUCUUUUAUACAAAAACCCUGAACAGUAAAUAUGAUGGAUGUGAAACUUAGAAAGAGGAUUUAUGACAAGAACAUUUUCUGUGAAAUAAAUACUAUGUACGCCCCUAAUUAUAGUCAGUGUUUAAUAUACCUGGAGACAGAUCAUCUUAGACACCUGGUGCUGUGAGGUUGCAUUGGUUUAUAUAUGAUGGUAUCUUUAUUCCAACUGUUCAGGUAUCGCACAGUUCUUUUGUAGCAGCACAUCUGAAUUUAUUUAACAGCUAUGGGAUUGUGCCAUCAAAGUUAUAUUGCAAUGAAACAUGUUUUUUCUUUCCUUAUUUCUUAUUUCAGUGUAUUUUUGAAGGUAUCAGCAGUACUUUGGAUCUGAUAUGGAUCUAAAACAAUUCAAAAA